AAAUUCAAUCAUAAAAAUAGAAGUAAUUAAGAUAAACAAUAUUUUCCGGCUAUUAGUCUCUAAAUAAAUAACAUCGGGGUCGUGAUACGCGAGUGUCGUUGAAAACAAUGUAUAUUGUCAGCAAGAAGACUGUUUCCUAUAUAUUGAAUUUCCUCCUAUUAGUGAUAGUUCUUCUGUCCUGGGUGUAUACAAUUAUAGCAGGAAGGUUUGCAACAGUGAAACAACUCAACAAGCUAUACCCAACAUCAUAAUACCGCCUCAUCAUGGAAGUAGUCAAUGAGAACUCAGCCAUGCUUAGUAACUUUGAAGUGUAUGGUUUACUAACAGACAUACAGGCAGGAAGAGGACAAAACAAACCUAACAAACACCAACAACAGCUGGCUACUAUAACCUAUGAAACCAUCAAAUAUCUAGAGACAAAACCUUGCAAGCACCAAUCAGAAGAAAGCAUCACUGAAUUCAAGAAGGAACUCCAGUCCUUUAAUUUAACCAAGGCAGAAAAAGUACAGAUUUUGAACCUUUGCCCCACCACUGCUGUCGAGAUUCAGCUUAUUAUUGAAGAAAGUGAGGAGCGUUUGACCGAGGAGCAGAUUUACAAAUUGUUGGAUAUUAUCGUGAAAUAUAAUCCUACAGAGGCUGACCAAGAAGAAGACAACUCGGCAGAAAUGGAUUCCAGCAAUGAUUGACCAAAGUGAAUGACAGAUCAUAACAGUUAGAGUGAAAAAUUUAUGUAUAAAAUUCUUGUUAUUACAUGUAUGUAAUAUAUGAUAUGAGCUUUUUAGUUAAUAAAAUAAUGCCCAUAAAGCACAAUGUAUUUUU